CCGGUCUAACUCUACGUUGGCCCUCCGCGAUCCGUGUACAUUUUCCCCUUCGUGACUAAAUUUUCUUCCGUGUUCGUUGCGUUCGAUACAAUUUCGUGCAUUUCGUUUCUAAUAAUAAUUACGGUUCAUGGUUCGCAUUACGUUAUUAUCUCGGCGGAACCGCAACACGAUGGCGUUCCCGGCAAGAUUAUUCAUGUUGCUGGCCAUCGCAGUCCCCAUACUGGCAGGAACCAAAGAACUCCCCGAAGAAUUUCCAACAGGACAUGAACAAGACUCUCAUGUUCAUGCUGUCUUGGAAAGAAUCAGAGAUUCCUGUCCACCAUUUGGCCACCCGAAUAACAGAUUUAACGUAACGGUGUUGGGCACUAUAUCGCCAGAAAUAGGCGGAUGUGCUUCCAUGAGACCAACAAACCACGAUCUUGUACCAUCGUUUAAUUUGUGGCUGGGCAGUCCCAAAACCGGCGGCGGAAACUGCGACGAGAAAAAUAUGGACCACUACACGUUUGAGUGUAUGGCAAAACACCCGUUUUUCACAGAGGAAGACACACUAGAGGGCUGGUAUGUAUUGUUAUACGACCGGACUGCCCGAUGGUCCGGACGUGAAGACUACAGAUGUGCUUUAUACGAAACCGUUAAUGAAGACCCACCAAUCAUCCAGAUGGUGAUUAGUGGAAACCAAUCGUGCAAGGGUCUAUCGAAGAGAAUGGAACAAUCUGAGCAUGCAGUUCCCAACGGGUUCCGACAUAUCGCCGAUGGAUCGAUAGCUCUUCUUUUUACUAGAGACUUACCACCAACGCCCAUGUGGAGGAAAAAGCGGUCCGAGGAACAGGGCCGUGGAUGCAGGUUUCCAGAUUGGUCACAAGGGUCAUGGACAGAUUUAAAAGUAGAUGAAAGUCUGAUACGCUAUGAACCUGCCUUCCAUGAUAAAUACGACGUUGACUACGGUCAAGAAAACGACGAUGGAAAAGACGGAGAUCCAGAAAACACUGGUGGUGAUCAAUACAUGCAAAGGUCGCAGCGACAUGCUCCUGUUAGAAUAAGCGGUAUCUAUCACUCAAGUUCUCAUGAUUCACGAUCGCUUAGAGGCCGACGAUCCAUUCCAUAUAUAAAUACCGCUAAAAUGUUUAGAACCCAGACCAGUACCGACCAAUACAGCCAAGAUUCGAUAAUACAAAAAUUAUUUAACGAUAACAUGGGAAUUUUCGAUUCAUUUAAUUAUAGACUCGAAGAAAGUAGUGUAUUCUCAGACCCACCAAAACCUCUCUUAAACACUAAUAUGCAAUUUCCAGAAUCAGUGAAAUCCUCUAACAGGUUUAAUUAUAAAGACACUACUACAAUGGGUCCACAGAAUUCUAAAGAUUUGAACAAAAAUUCAUUUAAAUGGAAAAUCAUUCUUGAUCAACUUCGAAAAAUAGAAGACCUGGGUAACCCACAUGAUGAUAGCAAGAAAGAAACAAACAAUGAAAAAAAGAGAUGUUUUUGCUAUACAGAUUUCGAAGUUUUUAUACCAAAAAAUAAUAAAGAUAAAAUGGAACUUUUUAAUAAAGUAAAUAAAUAUUCAUCAACACAAAAAAACGCUGGGAAUUUGAAAGAGAAAUCAAAUUAUCCAUUUGAUGUAUUUGAACGAAAGAAAAGGGAUUUGGGCGACCAAGAUUUCAAGGAAGACACAAAGCAUCGACAAAAGAUAAAUUACCAUGAUAGAGAUUUUGAACCUUAUACACCGGGUGAUAUGGAUAUACCGAAAAUAUUAAAUGAGAAGUAUACAUUUUCAACUAAAAAGAAAACAACGAAUUUUAACAAAAAAUUGUAUCCAUUCGAUUAUGUACAGCGAAAAAAAAGGGAUGUGAAACACUUACUUAAUUAUGGUGAAGAAGAAAUUUUCAAUAAUAAAAAGAAAUGCUAUUGUUAUAGCGAUAAUGAAGGUUUUUUAACAGAAAAUGACACAUUUAUAAAGAAAGUAAUCGACGACUUGCAUAAUCAUCUAACAAACACUACAACAUAUCAUGAAGAACUGAAAGAUAAAUCAAAUAAUCCAUUAAACAUAUUUGAAGUUCGAAAGAAAAGGGAGUUGGAUGACCAAUAUGAUCAUAACACGGAAGACAUAAAGCAUCGAAAAAAAAAAUGUUUGUGGUCAGAAGCGACAACAACGACAACGGAGCGUUACAGAGAUUUACAAUUUGAAUACCCCUACAGGGGGGAACCAAGGGAUCCAUCUUACAAGCCAGAAGUACAUUUUGGGACAACACAAGACCCCACUUAUCCUAGAAAACGGAGGUCUAUAUCUGUAGACAAAGUUAUAAAAGACGAUGAGAAGAAAGCUCUUAAAAAAAUUAAGGUUACAGAUAAAUCAAAUAAUCCAUUAAACAUAUUUGAAGUUCGAAAGAAAAGGGAGUUGGAUGACCAAUAUGAUCAUAACACGGAAGACAUAAAGCAUCGAAAAAAAAAAUGUUUGUGGUCAGAAGCGACAACAACGACAACGGAGCGUUACAGAGAUUUACAAUUUGAAUACCCCUACAGGGGGGAACCAAGGGAUCCAUCUUACAAGCCAGAAGUACAUUUUGGGACAACACAAGACCCCACUUAUCCUAGAAAAAGGAGGUCUAUAUCUGUAGACAAAGUUAUAAAAGACGAUGAGAAGAAAGCUCUUAAAAAAAUUAAGGUUACAGAUUUUUCUAGUAGACGCAUACGCUUGUGGAAUAUUAUGGGGGCUAUUGAAUAUAUCAAAAAUAGUCCCGUGCGGCAGUCAAAUGGAGACACUAAAUAUAAUGAAUAUGACAAUACACGAGCAACAGCUUCAGUAAGGUAUCUUAAAUAUGCUGAGGCACAUGGAGUCCCGUAUAAACAAGCAUUAUUAAAUUGGCGGAAUAUGGAACGUACGUAUCGUCAGCGGAUAGCUGAAACCCAUUACACUGCCUCUCCCGGCCAAAUCCAUCCAGAUAUCAUUAUGAGAGAUUUUGAUCAAACAUACGAUGGUAUAGAAUAUGACUUUGACCCUAUGCACCCUGAAGGUACAGCUGAUGACCCGAUAGCCUACCAGGCUCUUACACUUCCAGGUGGUUACCAACUAGAACCCCGACUAUCGCGUCGUACUACGUUUGAUCAAAAACAGUCAAGUAAUUCCCAAGAAUCAGCCACGGCGUUUGGUCCCAUUCAUGUUGUAGAUAUGGAUGACCGUACAGACAAAGGAAAUACCCAAAAUUUAAAUCAACGGAGGAGACGCAGCUCUACACAGCAGAAUCAACAACAGCAUGCAACGACAACAUUUGCAUGGCGUUGUGAAAUGGCUGUUGACAAUGACGUUAAGCAACUUCCACAGUUUGAAAAUGGGGCCAAGUUCCUUACUUAUGGUGGUCGUGUGGUUGAAAAUAAUGAAAUGACUGGCAAUGAUCAACAAAAUGAACAAGACUCAAAAAUGACUUACAGUUGCUUGUGGUUAGUGCCUAGAGGGCCAAACAUUUUAGAAUUUUCCAUAUUAGGAACUGGAAUGCCGUCAAAAAAUCAAAGCAUGCAGACCUUCGCACGGCAAUUGUGCAACGAAAACCAUGAUCAUGGUAAGGACACUGGUGUACGAAAUGAGAAAAAGCUUCGCCUACGCCGGUCAUCAUGGGUAACCGAAACACGAACCGAUGAUAAGAAACGUGUGCCUGUCAGGUGUCCCGUGCCCCCAGGUAUAGUGUUUUAUGGCGUGGUCCCAGCUCCACCACCACCUUCUACGGUAUCCACAAACAAAGAUCAGAUUACACCAUUGCGACUUUGUGCCAAGUUGGUAUCUUCUGCAGAUGACUGUACGGCCGGACAAAUGGGACCAGCUGACCAAAUGAAAUAUACUGUGUCCGAAUGCGUUGAGCAAGACUCCUCAACUGGCACUUCUCAAACAGAGGUUGCUCAACAAACAAUCUUUGAAGCGUCUAGAGGGUACACUGUCGGUGGAAGUUGGCGGAGGAAUAAACGUCACUCAGCUCCAACAAAUACGUCAACCAUUGCCACAUCUGUGGUAACAACAUCUACAUCAUCUAACAUACCAAUUGUACCAUUCAGUAGUCACAGCCCUUCAACAGGGACUAUAGACAACAUAACAGACCACCAUACGAUUGGGUCGACAGCCACCAUCUCGAGUCCUAUGACUCCAUCCUCUAUGAUAUCCAGCAUUACUGAAAUUCCACCGUAUGCAGGCAUCACUACUAUAGACCCUACAAAUUUUACUACUACCACUGCUACGGCAUCAAUAUUGCCAUUGUCUUCACCGCUGCAAGAGACUCCCCCCGAACGACAACUACCGUCACUCUCAAAAUUGUCUACUACUACAACUACUCCUUCUACUUCCACCGCCUCUGUUACCACUACCUCCCCCAAUCAUCAAAUUACCGAUUAUCAAUAUCGUCAACAGCAACAGUGGCAGCAACAACACCAACAACCGAAUAAUAACAAUAAUGAUUAUUAUUAUUACCGAGGACGGCAACAACAUUAUCCCCCACCACCACCUGGCAGCACCAGUAUGGAUAAUAAUUACUAUUCUAUCCAGCAACAACAGCAACAGCAGUGGCAACAGCAACACCCACAGGCACAACCACAUUGGUUGCCUCAACAACAUCCUAUUGCCACCAACGAUUAUAGUAAUGGUUAUCAACAUCAAACGAUGGAUAGCGGUGGGUACAGGACAGGUGAUUAUUACUAUCGCCAGCAACAGCAAAAUUAUCAUAACCAUCAACAUAACAAUGAUCGCCAGCAACAAACACCGCAGCCACCACAUAACUCAUCACUUACGCUUCAACAUCCAAAUGGUGGUAGUUGGAAUGUUCGUGGCGACCGACCGCUAUACAUAAGUAGUGGUGGUGGAGGGGAUAACAACCGAGACGCACCAGUUGCUUGGAACGGCUCUACUAGUACUAGUAGUAAUUAUAAUGGUGGUUGGACGACAGCAGCACAACAACAUUGGUGGUACCAGCAACAGCAGCAGCAGCAGCAACAGCAACAGCAACAACAACAACAACAACAACAACAACUACUACUACUACUACAACUGCAGCAGCAGCAGCAGCAACGGCAGCAGCAAAACAACCGGGGUCUGGGUGGAAUCUUGUCACUGCCACCCGUACCAUUGCCGCCACUGCACACCGAACAGGGUGCCGUCACCAUUUCGAUGCCUACGCCACAGCCACUGCAUCCGCGUCGACAACAAAAACCUCCAAAUCACUACUACCUGCCAACGCUGACUACUAAAACCUCUUCUCAACCAUACCAACUACGGCCUAAGUCUGAGAGUCGAUAUUAUCAAGAAAGAGAGUACCAGUGUAUUGGUCAAUGGACUGAACCACAGGAACACUUCAGCCCGGUGGCUGGUGAAAAACCAGUUAUGUUGACGUAUACUUAUUUAAAGCGUUUAAGUCCUGUCUCCAAAGAAGGGGCCCAGUAUGAAUGUUUCGUUGGAACGCCAAUACCCAACGAUGAAGGUCUAAAUCCUGAAACCACUACCACAAUAUUGUUAACAGAAGCAGGAACAGAUACUAAGUGCAGUCGCCUAUCGGACCCAUACCGCUCCGGCAUGAAGUUAGUCGGAACCAAAAUUAAGAAAGAAGGUGCUUGUAAAGGAUCUGCACAACCAGUACAAGACACCACUGGUGGUUCAUGGUACUCCCUUAAGCCACAGUCAAUUUCUCCAUCCAUUCCCGGUGCUGAAAACGGAGGAGGAGCAUGGUACGCUGCGCCGCCUGUUCCCGUGAUCGCUGCACAAGGUCCAACCACUAUGACGCCUAUCCUCACAGGCAGGCACACCGGUGGUAAUGGCGCUACAUUUACAUCACGUCACAACGAACAAAAUCGUCGUCCACAGUCAGCAAAUCUACCCCCUAAAACCAACCAUAGCUUCCGAACCGUAGCCGACAAGAGAAUCGUCAUACUAGCGGUUAUUCUAUUUACAGCACGUCGCUUUUUCAAUUAAAUUUUCUGAUCAAACGUAAACACAACGUUUGUACAAUAGUUUAUAGUAAUAAUAGUAAAAUCUCAAACCCGAUUAAUGCAUAAUCUAGGUCCGACUCAAGGGAUAGGUGAAAUUAAUUCAGUCCAUAAAUAUAAUAUAUACUCACAAGCGAUUAAAUACUGCUUUGAAAAUCUAACUUAACAAACUUUUUGUAGAAAUUCUUGAUUGGCUUACCAACCAUACUCUAUUCAAAAUGAAAUUAGUAACAAGCGGUAACGUAUUUUCCAUGUUCCGAAACCACGCCCCUGCGCACAAGUUGGUCGCCCGGUACUGGUUUAGUUUUGAAUAGAGUAUAUAAGUCUAAAAGUGUAGACUUAUAAAAUAAAAACAUAUAACAUUUUUUUUAUACAUUUUCAUAAAGUAAUUCAUUAAUACCUAUCGUAAUAUUCCGUAUUCGUCAUUGAGAAAGCGUACAAUGAUGGUAAGUAUUAUUAUUAAUUAUAAUUAGGUGCAUUUUGAGUAGGUAGGUUUAGUUUGGUGUAUAACACUAUGGAUCAAUAAUAUCCAUUUCACUUUAUACAUAUAGGUUAAUAUAAAUAACAUAUUAAAAUGUUAGAUAACCUAUAUUAAUUAAGUAUAAUUUUUUUGAAUUUUUUUAUUUAGAAGAUCUUUAAAUAUUUUUCUUACAUUUUUAAAAUCAUAUUUCUAAUGUUAGUCAUAUUAAAAUACUUUCUGGGUUUAGUUUUUUUCAAGAAUGUCUGCUUAAAAGAUUAAGUCAUGCUAUCAAAUUAUUUUAAAUUUAAGUAUAAAAUUAUGGGUGUCAAUAGAUGAUCCAAAAGAAAUGAUAUUCACAGUAUGAAAUUGAUUGGUUUGGAAUUUGGAUUAUGUUUAAGUUUUAUAUAUUCGUACAAUACCUAUUAUUACAAUUUUUAUUUUUAUUAAAUCAAGUUUUAUCACUUUUUCUAAAAACUAAAAUAAAUACAAUUUGAAUAUAGAAUCGUCUUAAUAAUUAUGGACAACGAAAAAAUUAUCAAUAUUAUCGAUACUAUAUAAAUUAAAAUCAGAACAGAUAGUAGUUAAAUUGUAAUUUAUGAUGAAGUAACUUUUCCCACCGAACAUAAAGUAUGAAUAGACUUCACUUCUAGUGAUCUCUAACAAUCUAGAUCAUAAAUAUGGCUACAGUUUCAUUAUUCUAUUUUGUGUAAAGCUUAUAUUUAAUAUUCUUUUUAUUUACUUAAUCUUAAUAAAUACAAGUGUAUCUCAUUCAAUGUUUAAGGAUACAUAUUAUGAAUAUAUUAUGACUAUCAUUUUUUUUUUUUAAUUAAUAUUGUAUUGUUUAUUUGGUAGGUAAAUUUGAUUAUAAUAGAACUAUUAUUCUAAAAAAUAUGAUAUACACUAAUUAUUCCUGGUACAUAUUGAUAUUGAUAUUUGUGUUUACUUUUAUUUUAUGAUUUAGUUUUUUUAACAUUAUGUAUGUUUUUUUUAUAUUUAAAUAACUCAACUAUUAUUAUAUACUUUUUUUUUAAUUUGAUAUUUUUAUCAUUAUUUAUAAUUUUAUAAUUAUAUUCAUGUAUGUGUUUUCAUUUUACGUACCUACUAAGGUUUUUAUAUAAUA